CCUCCUGUAUAUACUUGUGUAUGCCUUCUACGUCAUAUCUCACUCUAUAUCGAAUUGAUUGAUAUAUUCCCUAUUUUCUCUCUUUCCAGCCCUACCCGCCGGACUCCGACUCUUAAAUUGUCCCACACGUGCCGAGUCCAUGGCAAACCUCCCCUUCUUCCGAAAAGCUCCUCAACGGCCGGCAUACGCCAGGAGUCCCUCCAAAGUCCGUUGGCACCGGCUUCUACGUUCCUUUCUCUACCUCAUUGCAUGGAUCUUCCUGAUCCUCGUCGUCAUCGGCAAUGUCUCCGACAAACCAGUACUCCGUCAGACCUACUUCCUCAAGGUUGACCUCUCCAAUAUCAUUCCCCUGUCGAUACCCAAUGCCGUCCUAAUCAACAGCAUUGCUCGCUCUAUCGGUCUGCACGAUUUCUACCAAGUGGGGCUAUGGAAUUUCUGUGAGGGCUACAAUGACAGCGGCAUCACCAAAUGCUCCAAACCGGAGACCCUGUACUGGUUCAAUCCAGUCGAAAUCAUCAUGUCGGAACUGCUUUCGGGAGCUACCAUUGCCCUCCCGGGAAACAUCACCGACGCUCUCAAGAUCGCCCGGAUCGCCUCCCACUGGAUGUUCGCCCUCUUCAUCCUUUCCACCGUCCUGACCUUCAUCAUGAUCUUUCUCUCCCCACUGGCGACUUCUUCGCGACCCCCGCAAACCAUCAGCCCUGACGCCAACGCCAACGCCGCCCAUCCCGCCCACCGUCGCCGCACCUUUAUCUUCCUCCGCGCCCUCCCCUUCUCCAUUCUGACUUUCCUCACGGCGCUCUUCACGGUCGUCGCCACCGUCGUCGCAACCGUCAUGUUCAUCAUCUUCAAGAACGUCUUCACCUCGGAGGAUUACAAUCUGAACAUCGAGGCGGAGCUGGGCACCCGCAUGUUGGUCUUCAUGUGGAUCGCCAGCGGCUGCAACCUGAUUUCGUUCAUCUUGCAGUUGGGCUCUUGCUGUGCGGCUUGCUGCGGUGGCCGGAAAGCGAGGAAGGCGCUAAAGAACGGGGGGAUGACCGAACCGCCGAUGCGUGAAAAAGACGGUACUCACAGUCCGGCUACGACGACGGCUACCGAGUGAGCUUGGAUCCCAUCUCUCCUAUUCAGAGAUUGUUAAAGUUGGUUGUGGGUCCUUGGGUUUGGUUUUUUUUUCUUCUCUGUCUUUUUUCGUUUCUGGUCAUCAAAAAUAUACAAUGGAUGACAUACAGAAAGGACCAUAUAUAUAAGCCGGGCAUAUAUAUCUCAACUUUUUACUUUAGAAUUGUGCUAUAGACUGGGAUCUUCAUACGGACCUUGAUUCUUUCUGGGCUUCGGGUUCAGCA